ACUUUAAAUUUAAAUGACGUCACAGACGUUUCAUAUUUUUAAUGACGUCAGUGACAUCAGCUGUGAGCUCACAGGGGCUUUUAUUUUGAAAGCAGUGACCGGAUGUUGUGGUAGUGUGCGGUGACGCGGUUUGACGCUGCUGGUUGCGGAGCUGCAGUGCGGACAAACAGGCUGGAUCCGGAGAACCUGACACCCACAGACCGCGUCCGUCUGCCGGCCCGGGUCCGCCUCAGCCGGGAUUCUGGAUCUGCUCCUUAAGUCCUGGGUUUGACUCCUGGAUCCGGUCCAGCAGGAGGAGGAGGACCAGUCCGCAUCCUCCCAUCCAUCCUCCUGCAGCAGCGGAGAACCGGAGGAGGACCCGGACCCGGACCCGGACCCGGACGGAGCGCUACUGGGGAAUAAAACUGGUUUUGUGGCUCGGUGCGUCCCGGUCCUGCAGGAGGCCGGUCUGGGGUUCGGACCCGGUCCGGUUUGAUACCGGGGACUGUUAGAGGAGACACCGAUGGUGGUUUAGUCCUGCGGGAGUGUGAGGCCCAAAGCCCGGCCCCCCUUCAGAGGAACGGUGGGUUUUCUGGACCAGGACGUUUUGUGCCGAAAUAAAAUCCCAGAUGAAGAUUCCCAAAAGGCGGAAAAGGAGCGGACGGUGCGCCAGAUAAAUGGCUCUUUUAAGCUGGGAGCUGCUCGUGUUCUGUCUGGCUGGCAGAUGCAGUGCCUAGUCCCCGGCCUCCAGGACAACGCCAACAUGAACGGGACGUCCGAGCAGGCCGACAUCCUGCCGCCAAACUGCAUGGUCAAGGACCGAUGGAAAGUGCUGAAGAAGAUCGGCGGGGGUGGGUUCGGGGAGAUCUACGAGGCCUUGGACCUCCUGACGCGGGAGAACGUGGCGCUGAAGGUGGAGUCGGCCCAGCAGCCCAAACAGGUGCUGAAGAUGGAGGUGGCGGUGCUGAAGAAGCUGCAGGGUAAAAACCACGUCUGUAAGUUUAUUGGCUGUGGGAGAAACGACAAAUUCAACUAUGUGGUGAUGCAACUUCAGGGUCGUAACCUGGCCGACCUGCGGAGGAGUCAGCCCAGAGGAACCUUCACCAUGAGCACCACCCUGCGGCUCGGGAAGCAGAUCCUGGAGUCCAUCGAAGCCAUCCACUCAGUGGGCUUCCUGCACCGCGACAUCAAACCGUCUAACUUUGCGAUGGGUCGACUUCCCUCCACCUACAGGAAGUGCUACAUGCUGGACUUUGGUCUGGCGCGACAGUACACCAACACCACCGGAGAGGUCCGACCGCCGAGGACCGUGGCAGGUUUCAGAGGGACGGUCCGAUACGCUUCAGUCAACGCUCAUAAAAACAAGGAAAUGGGUCGCCAUGACGACCUGUGGUCAUUGUUUUACAUGUUGGUGGAGUUCGCUGUUGGACAGUUGCCAUGGCGAAAGAUCAAAGAUAAGGAACAAGUUGGUCAGAUUAAAGAGCGUUACGACCAUCGGAUGCUGCUCAAACACAUGCCUUCAGAGUUUAAUAUCUUCCUGGACCACGUCCUGGCCCUGGACUACUACACCAAACCAGACUACCAGCUGCUCAUGUCGGUGUUUGAGAACAGCAUGAAGGAGCGAAUCAUCACCGAGAACGAGCCUUUCGAUUGGGAGAAGGGAGGAAGUGAUGUCACACUGUCGACGAGUGCCUCCACCCAACCACAGCACAACACCCGACCUACUGCAGCUAUGGUGGGAGCCAUCGUGACGCCGGUUCCUGGAGAUCUUCAGCGCGAGAACACAGAUGAUGUUCUGCAGGACGAACAUCUCAGUGAUCAGGAGAACGCACCCCCGGCGCCGCCCAGCCGACCGCCUGGGGAGACAGGUGUCCCGCACGCUGGCGAGCCGGGAGAGACCUGGGAGGACACCGACUUCAACCGCAACAGACUCAGGAUCAGCCUAAACAAGGGUGCUCAGGAGGAAGAGGCGGGUCGAGGGGCAUGUCCAGUGUCACCAGUUCGAGGUGGAGCCCCUGAGUCACCAACGGGUCAGGGGCGGUCUUUACGGUACCGUCGGGUCAAUAGCCCCGAAUCUGACCGCUUGUCUGCUGCUGAGGGCCGAGUCGACGCCUACGGACAAAGGUCUAGGAUGGACAUCCUCGGCUCUCCAUCUCGUCACGUCUACUCCUCCCAGCCGGCUCAGAUGCUGUCUGUUGACCCUGGUUGCCGCGGUGACCGUCAGAUCAGCGGCCGCCAGGAAGUGUCGGUGGCGUCUGUCGACCAGGAGGCGCACAGCAACGCCUUCAUCCGCUCCGUCCCGCUGGCCGAGGAGGAGGACUUUGACAGCAAAGAGUGGGUGAUCAUCGACAAAGAGGCGGAGCUGCGAGACUUCCAACCAACCACGUCAGGAACCACUGACGAGGAGCCUGAGGAGCUCCGUCCACUGGAGGAGCAGGAGGAGAGGAGGAGGCUCAGGGCUGGAGGUGAGCUUGUAGUUCGUCCAAAGACCCACACCAGGGAGAGCAGCCGAGCGAUGCUAACGCUAACGGAGGAGGAGGCGUCAAGGAGGAGUGGCGGUAGCCCCGCCCAGUCGCCUUGUCACUCGCUGCCAUCGGGACGCCCCCGCCGGAGAGAGUCGGAGCCCACUGGACCUCAAAGACCGGUGUUGUCGCCCACGGAGCAGAGCACCGCGUCGCCGCCCUCCCCAGACUAUCGGACAAAAGGCCAGAGCGACGAGAAGGAACAUUUCCACAUCCUUCCUCAGCUUCAGGCGAAGAGGGCCGACUUCCUCACCGUCAUGCUAACCGGUACCUUGCCUCAGCGCCGGAGCUUUGCCACGCCGGACAAAGAAGUCCCAGAAUCUCCAGGGCCAAAGGAUGAUGAUGUCACAAAGAGUGAGUCCAACAGUGAGGCAAGUCAGAAGAGCACCGAACGCAGCCAAGACGCUGCGCCUUCAACGCUAAUGGCAGAGGACCAGAGGGGCCAGAGGGAGCACGCCUCUGCUGCUGAUGCAGACCCUGACCUCGAGGACGCCUCCAAAACCCUCGUCCUUUUCUCACCUGGAGACACUCGCAAGUCUCCCUCUGGUGGAGAUCAUGUUCUAGAGGGUGAGUUGGCCACGCCGUGUGCCCUCAUUUCCCGUAACGACCGCCUCCUGGUCGGGGAAGCGAUUCAGGCUGAGCCCUCUGAGACCGGCCGCUUGUCCCCUGCUCUCAGGUCAGACCUGAGGCCAUCCACUCCCAUCGCUCCCGCAUCACCGCCCUUCACCAAAGUCGAGCGCACUUUCAUCCAUAUCGCAGAGACAUCACACCUCAAUGUCAUGUCUUCCAAUGGUCACUCUGCCAAAGACAGUGACCGGGAAGUCUUAGCCAUCAUGAAGGCAGCAGCUGUGGAGGAUGAUGCCGCUGAGCAGGCGGCAGUGCCGGUGACAGAAGAGUCUCCAGAGGAGUCUGUGCCAGACCAAACUAUACCGGUUGACAAACACCCCAAUACUGAGAAUGGUCCGUCGACUAUCCUGGCCCAGUCUUUGGAGGCUGUUCCAGAGGCCACGUCACCAGUUCAUGAACGUAAAGAUCUGUCACCAGAACCUAUGAGACAGCCAUCAUCCAGUGAAGAAGCUGCCAAGCUUCAGACAACCGGAUCAGACCUACCAGUUACCGUAAAGCCCAGAAUCCGAAGCCGAAUCCCAGUACUUAUCUCUGAAGAGGACUCGGGUUCAGAGCAGUCCUCCUCCCUCUCUGCUCGGGCUCGGCUUCAGCAGCGAGCCAGGCAGCUGGACUUGGCUCGCAUGUUGGUCCACAAGCAACAGGGUCGCUGGAUGAGGAGGAGGAUGUUGUCUGGGACGUCAUCGUCAUUAUCCUCCGGGGACGACGAGCGUCGGAGGGCUUCGGAAACUUUGUCCACCACUGGCUCAGAAGAGGACACGCAUACCUCGGACGAGUCCAGGAGGAGCUCCCGCCUCAAACCGACUGAAGAGCAAGGCUCCAAGGAGUGCCGGAGCAGGAUCCCCAGGCCCAUCACCCCCAUAAAGAGACCUUCAGUGGGGCUCGCUGCUGCUCCGUCUCCUCUCUCCUUCCCAGACUCCAGCACUACCAAAGGAUCAUCUUCCUUCACUAACGGGAAUCAGAAAAUUGGACUCAGCACUCUCAGCACUCAGCGGAAAUCCAAACCUGCCUCGCCCAGAUCCUUGUCCUCUUGCCCUCGUCCCUCUGCUGCCCCUGCCCCCUCCGGCAGCCCUCGAAUGCCCCUGCGAGUCCUGUUUGGAACCCGCCGCAGCCUUAGCUCCACCCACUGCAGGACUGACAGCCCCUCGCCUCAGAGAGUAUGUCCGUCGAGGCAGCCCCUUUCGGUUCGAGCCCCAACUGUCCCCAUGCUACCGCCCAGGACUACAACAUCAACCAUGCGCCGCAGCGCCUCACAGGAAGCCACCACCGCCCAGACCACCUCUGGCACCACGCCCGCCAGGACCAGGCCCAAACCAGCCGCUGCGUCUAAGGGGAAGCCAAAUGCCCGAGAGAAGGUGGUGCCCGCUAGAUAAUACAAAGAGACUCAGCACUGAGACAUGUUUGUGUAUAAUCAGUCUUCGGACAAGCUACGCCUCAAAGGUUCUCAUCUGGUUCCAUAUUAGACUGAGACGUUUCAAUGACCUCCUUCAAUUCAUUCGAUGUAUGUAUACAGACCUCUUAUAUUUAUAUCCAAGGACAGCUUACUGAACUAUCUACAUGGGCUUCCAGUAAUCUUGACUGACUGUCGUACAGGAGCGUUGCUGCCAUGGUGCUAUGGGUACGUCUGCUGCUCCCCGGUCAAUCCCAGAUUUAACUGGUUUCUGGAGCUGAGAGUCAUCAUCAUCACCACGGCCUCCAACAAGUCCAGUUUCAGAGACUCUCACCUUACACAGAAAUAUCCCAGCUUGUCCACAGCUAUACUAUUCUUCUAUUGACAGUACCCUGCUUGGAUCACGCUGCAUGGUGAAGUAUAUCACAAAUACACUUGAGUCAGUAGAGGGAAAACAUGUACACAAAUCUGUACCUUUAAAUAAUUUGAUAUAGUUCUCCUGUUGGCACAAACAGAAUUGGACUGGUUUGACUGCCUGACCCGUGUUAAUAAAGAUUCCUGACUAUAUCCUGUACUCAUUACGUCUCAGAUGAAGAGAAGAGUUGGAUGUGAACACAAGAUAAAUAGCUCGGUCGCUUGCCUCCUCCUCAUGGUGUGACAAUGGGCAUGCUUUAAUCAUUCUAUUUUCUGGGUGUUUUUAUUUUGUUUAUGCUCUGAAUUGUACAUAAUAGAAUCAUUUCCCAUAAAGACAUCUUUAUUUUUUAUCUUGCCAAG